CAAUUUUAGUUGCUGCUCUGUGUUGGGGAGACCUAUAAAGAUUACAACAUUUGCUCUCCAUUUUCCACAUUCAAAACGGCCUUGGCUUUUCCCCCAUCCCCAGAAUCACUACUCUCUCUCUCUCUCUCAACUAAUGACGAUCAAUUGCAUGAUUGCAAGCGAGCCCUCGAUGCCUCAAUCCGCCGCCAAAAAGCAGCCUCUCAUCUUCGACGCCAAGCUGCUUCAGCACCAGACCACCAUCCCGCCGCAGUUCAUCUGGCCGGACGACGAGAAGCCCUCCGCCGACCUGCCGGAGCUCGACGUCUCUCUGAUCGACCUCCGCGACUUCCUCUCCGGCGACCCCGCCGCAGCCCGCCGGGCAUCCGACCUGGUCGGCGAGGCCUGCCGCAAGCACGGCUUCUUCCUCGUCGUCAACCACGGCGUCGACGAAUCCCUCGUCGCCGCCGCCCACCGCAAGAUGGACGACUUCUUCCUCCAGCCGCUGCACGAGAAGCAGCGCGCUGCCCGCAAGCUCGGCGAGCACUGCGGCUACGCCAGCAGCUUCACAGGGAGAUUCUCCUCGAAGCUGCCGUGGAAGGAGACGCUCUCCUUCGAGUACUCCGCCAAGAGCGGCGACGACCACAUUGUGGAGGACUACUUCACCAACACUCUGGGUCAAGAUUUUGCACACUUGGGGAAAGUGUACCAAGAAUACUGCAGCUCCAUGAGUCGUCUCUCCCUAGGGAUAAUGGAAUUAUUAGGGAUGAGCCUAGGAGUGGAGAGGUGUCACUUCAAAGAAUUCUUCGAAGCAAACGAAUCAAUAAUGAGACUAAACUAUUACCCUCCGUGCCAGCGGCCCCACGAGACACUAGGCACGGGGCCGCACUGCGACCCGACCUCACUAACCAUCCUGCACCAAGACUCAGUGGGCGGGCUGCAGGUCCACGUGGACGGGCAGUGGCGUUCCAUCGCCCCCAAUGUUAACGCAUUCGUAGUCAACAUUGGGGACACCUUCAUGGCCCUCUCCAACGGCCGCUACAACAGCUGUCUGCACCGUGCCGUCGUCAACAGCACCAGCUCUAGAAAAUCCCUAGCCUUCUUCCUCUGCCCCGACAAAAACAGGGUGGUAAGGCCUCCGCCGCAGCUCGUCGACGCCGCCUUUCCUAGGGCGUAUCCGGAUUUCGACUGGGCGGACUUGCUCGAGUUCACACAGAAACACUACAGAGCCGACAUGAAUACUAUGACAUCAUUCUCCACGUGGAUCAAUGAUCGACGUGUCCACUGAGUCUCAUCUCGUUUGAAAUCGAAACAAUAGUAUUUUGUUUUUCUUUUUCUUUUUCUUGAGAAAGGAAUUAAAUUAACUGAGUUGAAAUAGAUUGGGGAAAUGUGAAUAAUGGGGAUAAGUUAAGUUACUAUGAACGAGGCCAAUUUUGUAAUUUCAUAUGUUGUAAUGGUGUCCAAUAUAGAGAUCCAUCAAACAAAAUUAAAAGGUAGUAGUACUAGUACUUCAUAGUACACAAUUAUAGAAUAAGGAGUAUUUUCACUUUUUUUAACAAUUGUAUUAUACUCCGUGCAUAUAUAUACACUUGAUAAUUAACGUGUUA